AUGUUAGGGUUGAUUGAAACUAAGAGGCAUGAGAUAUCUAAAUUUGAUGUUGCAAGAAUUUGGGGGUGCAGUAAUGUGGGUUGGGAGUUUGUAGAAUCUGUCGAAGCUUCUGGGGGUUUACUGCUAGUUUGGGAUGAUGACAUGUUUAGGUCCAACAACUGUUAUAAGAGGGAGAGGUGGUUGUGUGUUGAAGGAGUGUUGACAAAAAAUAAUUUUCAUUGUGCUUUCUGUUUGGUGUAUGGGGCGCACGGAAGGGAGGAGAAGCGGGUGGUGUGGGAGGAGUUGAGUUAUAUUGUAUGUUUGUGUCAGGUUCCUGUUUGCUUAUUGGGAGAUUUUAAUGAGAUUUUACAUGUCGAAGAACGCAAAGGGGCUAGUAGUUUAACAGGGACAGCGGAAGAUUUUAAGGAUUGGGUUCAGGAUAUGCAGUUGAUGGACUUAUCUCUCAAUGAUAGGAAGUUCACGUGGUUCAAAGGUCGAUCAUGUAGUAGGAUUGAUAGGGUCUUGGUUACUGUAGAGUGGAUGAAGGAGUUCUCGAAAAUUCGUUUGAAAGGUGGCCCAAGAGGGCUAUCAGAUCACUGCCCGUUGAUUAUGGAAGGUAACAGACUAGGUGGUGGCCUGCGUCCUUUCAGAACCCUGGAUUCCUGGAACCUGGGAGAUGCUCAGUUCACUAGUAAGCUGAAGGCUUUGACAGGUCCUUUGCGAAAUUGGCACAAGGAAAAUUUUGGGAACAUGGAUAAAAGACUGAAGAUGUUGGAGGAGGAGAUUCAGAAGCUGGAUACGAUGGUUAGCGAAGGCGCAUAUGAUGGUACAACGGAGGCUAGAAGAAAGGUGUUGGUGAGCUUUUCUGAGAAAUGGUAUGUCAGGAAGGAGGUCCACUGGAAGCAGAUGUCACGGUCUUAG